AUGAGAUAUUAUUUAUCAUAUUAUUAUAUAUUAUUAUUAUCAAUUACAACUACCAUCUAUGGUAUACAUCUAGAUACAAAUAAUGAAACGUCAAUACGAGAAAGUUGUGACAUAAUAGCAAAGGGUUUAUUAGACUAUUAUGAUGGUACUAAGUACGGAGGUACAAUUGGAGAAUUUACAUGGCCAUAUUAUUGGUGGGAAGCCGGCGGAGCUUGGGGAGGUUUGAUCGACUAUACUGCUUUCUUUGAAAAUGAUACAUUAGUUCCGUUAAUUAAACAAGCAUUACUAUAUCAAACUGGUGACGAUUUGAAUUAUAUACCAUUAAAUCAAAGUACAACCGAAGGUAAUGAUGAUCAAGGAUUUUGGGGAAUUGCAGCUAUGGGAGCAGCUGAAAGAAAUUUUAGUAGUCCCGAUGAUGAGAAAUUAAGUUGGUUAGGUUUAACUCAGGCUGUUUUCAAUACAAUGACAGCUAGAUGGGAUUCUGAUGAUUGUAAUGGUGGUUUGAGAUGGCAGAUUUUUCAAUGGAAUACUGGAUAUGAUUAUAAAAAUUCUGUUUCAAAUGGUUGUUUAUUUCAUAUUGCUGCUAGAUUAGCAAGAUUCACUGGUAAUGAUUCAUACGUUGAGUGGGCAGAAAGAGUUUGGGACUGGAUGUAUGGAGUUGGUUUAAUGACAGAGGGGGAUUGGUGGUUCGUAUAUGACGGGGUUAAAAUUCAUGAUAAUUGUACGGCUAUUACUAAAUAUCAAUGGACAUACAAUCAAGGUAUGAUGUUGGCGGGUUGUGCUUAUUUAUAUAAUUAUACUGAAGAGCCAAAAUGGUAUAAUUAUACUAUGAGUUUGUUAGAUAGUGCUCAAGUAUUUUUCAAAAAUAUGUCAGAUUAUGGUUAUCCCGAGAGUUCCGUUAUGUAUGAAGCUGCUUGUCAACCAUCAUAUACAUGUAAUAAUGACCAGAGAUCUUUCAAAGCUUAUUUUUCAAGAUUUUUGGGUUUAACAUCAGUAUUGGUUCCUGAUACCUACCCGAGGAUACAUAAAUGGUUAGUUGAUUCAUCCAAUGCUGCUGCAGGUUCAUGUUCAGGAGGAUCAGAUGGUGUUACAUGUGGAUUGAGUUGGACGAACUGGACUGUAGGUUGGGAUACAUAUUAUGGACUUGGAGAACAAAUGUCAGCUUUAGAAUGUAUUCAAAAUUUGGUAGUAAAACCACCUUUAAAAAUGUCUGAUUUUGAAGUAAAACCAGAAUCAAUGCCUUGGUUAGGUUAUCCAAAGCAUCCAGAAAAUGCUAAGUCCCUUGAUCUUCAUACAAAAGAUUAUGGUGGAGCAGGUGUAAUUACAGCUAUAAUUGGAAUUUCAAUAAUCGGGUGUUUUAUAUGGUUAAUUGUUUAG